AAUGCUCCAAGUUCCUGCAAAUCCACGGUGCGAUUUCUAGGGUUUGCAGAAGAACUCCACAGUCCGCAGCUCCCAAGGUUGAAAGAAGAGCGAGCGAUGGGGCACUCCAACGUGUGGAACUCUCAUCCCAAGAACUAUGGCCCUGGAUCUCGUGCCUGUCGUGUGUGUGGGAACCCCCAUGGUAUCAUUCGGAAGUACGGCCUCAUGUGUUGCAGACAGUGCUUUCGUAGUAAUGCCAAGGAAAUUGGCUUCAUUAAGUACCGCUAAAGGAGAUUUGCCUUUCCCACUAGCAUGGAAGAAUUGCCUGGAGAACAAUCAUGGCAAUCGUUUUGUUUCUGAAUGAAUUUUAAAGAUGCGUAUUUAGUUGAUGAUAAAUUAUUGAACUUGAAUUGAUGCAAGGAUUGAAAACUUUUUGGAGUGUCUAACUUGGGUACUACUGGUCCCCUGUUCUUCAGCUAUUUUUUCUUUUCU